GAUUUCGAGACCUUUCAUCAGACAUAUGAAGUUUGGCUCUUCCGUGUGCGUGCGGCUUCAGUUUUUGCUCUGACCAUUAACGAGGCAAUAGAUAUAUAUUUUGAACUGUUUCAACAGGCGCUCUUCUUUAGCUCGGGGCUUUAGCGAAAUCUCAGUCUUUUCACUGAGCCUCGAGCAAAAUCUCAAGAGGUUUUUGUAAAGAUUUUGCUGUAAAUGUGAGGCCUUGUUCUUGUUCGACUGUUUUGAAGAGUGACAAGGCAGAUAUAAAGCAUUGGUUGUGAUUAAUAUAAAGUUGCAUAAUCAAUAACAAGAAGCUGUAUAAUGGCUUCCAAUGAUGGUUUCUUGACGGAAGAACAGCGACAACUUUUAAGAUCUGCAUCUGAGGGCAGGGAUUCAGCCUCUUCUUUGGUAUUACCCAAGUCUCCAAGAUCUGAACAGGAACAUCAUACAAAACAUUGUGCAGGAAGUGCAAAGAAUCAUGCUGGGGGUACUUCAGCAAAAUAUGAGAAGCGUUCCCAUUCAGGAAAAUUUGGCCGUCCCAAAAAGGAUGGACGAGGUGGCAAAGGCACCUGGGGAGGAAUACUCGACACUGCUGGGGAUUUACAUGUUGACCGUAAUGAUCCAAACUAUAACAGUGAGGAGGAACCUUACCAACUGGUGGGAACAACUGUAUCCCAGUCUCUUGAGGAAUACAAGGGCAAAGUUGGAUCUAUAAUACUGGAAUAUUUUGCUACUGAUGAUGUGGCUGCAACUGCUGCUGAUCUCACUGAUCUUGGCUGUCCAAGCUAUCACCAUUAUUUUGUCAAAAAACUUAUUUCCAUGGCCAUGGACAGGCAUGACAGAGAAAAGGAGAUGGCUGCUGUCCUCUUGUCCUCACUAUAUGCAGAUGUGAUUGAACCUGAGCAGGUUAGCAAGGGUUUCAGCAAAUUACUGGACUCGGCUGAUGAUUUGGCCUUGGAUAUCCCUGAUGCCGUAGAUAUUUUAGCAUUAUUUGUUGCUCGUGCAGUAGUUGAUGAUAUACUUCCUCCUGCCUUUCUUACGAAAAUGUUGAAAUCUCUACCUGAUGAUUCAAAGGGGGUUGAAGUAAUUCAGAAGGCAGAAAAAAGCUAUUUAUCUGCACCUCUUCAUGCAGAAAUAAUUGAACGCCGAUGGGGUGGUAGUACCCAUAUCACAGUAGAGGAAAUGAAAAAAAAGAUAAGUGACUUGCUAAAUGAGUAUGUUGAGAGUGGAGACAAGGCUGAAGCUUGUCGGUGUAUAAGGGAUUUGAAUGUACCCUUCUUUCAUCAUGAAGUCGUUAAGCGAGCUUUGAUUUUGGCUAUGGAAAGGAGAAAUGUGGAGCCUUUAAUUUUGGACCUUCUAAAAGAAGCUGCUGAGGAGGGUUUGAUAUCAUCUAGUCAGAUGUCUAAGGGUUUUGGGAGGCUUGCAGAUACUGUUGAUGAUCUGUCGCUUGACAUAAUUAAUGCCAAGGACAUGUUUCAGUCGUUAAUUUUGAAGGCAACAGCAGAGGGUUGGCUCAGUACAGAAUCUGUUAGGUCCAUCCCCAGUCAACAAAAUGGAGCUGUUGAAGAGGAUAAAGUGAGGCUUUUCAAGGAGAGAGCAGUAACUAUUAUUCAAGAGUACUUUCUGUCUGAUGACAUAUUCGAAGUUGUCAGGAGUUUGGAGGAUCUUGCUGCUCCUGAUUUUAAUGCACUUUUUGUGAAGAAGCUUAUAACAUUAGCUAUGGACCGGAAGAAUAGAGAGAAAGAAAUGGCUUCUGUUUUGCUGUCAGCUCUCUAUACGGAGGUAUUUCCUGUUGAUGAUAUUGUUAGUGGUUUUAUUUUACUGCUAGAAUCAGCUGAGGACACGGCAUUGGACAUACCUCAAGCUGCAAAUGAAUUAGCUCUUUUUCUUGCUAGAGCUGUUGUAGAUGAUAUUUUGGCUCCAUUGAAUUUGGAUGAAAUAAGCAACCGACUAAAGGAAGGUUCCAUUGGGAAUGAAAUUGUUCGUGUGACUCGUUCUCUACUAUCUGCUCGCCUUGCUGGGGAACGAAUUCUUAGGUGUUGGGGUGGUGGCACUGGCUGGGCAGUUGAAGAUGCAAAGGACAAAAUCAAUAAGCUUCUAGAGGAAUAUGAAGCAGGAGGAGAUCUUGGGGAGGCAUGUCAAUGCAUUCGAGAUUUGGACAUGCCAUUUUUCCACCAUGAGGUUGUGAAGAAAGCCUUGGUUAUGGCAAUGGAGAAGAAGAAUGACAGGCUGUUGAAUUUGCUGCAAGAGUGUUCAAGUGAAGGUUUGAUUACAAUCAACCAAAUGAUGAAGGGUUUCACAAGAGUUGCAGAUGGCCUUGAUGACCUGGCUUUGGACAUUCCCAAUGCAAGGGAAAAGUUUGUAAUUUAUGUUGAACAGGCAAAAGGGAAUGGUUGGCUGGUAUCGUCUUUCACCCAUAGCGGAAACUCUGAACCAACAAAAAUAAAUGGGGAUAUAUCUGCAUGAUCUUGAGGAAGUAUAUCUUUCUGGUGCAAUGGUGCAUGCCAACUUUUGGUACCAGGACAAGUGAGAGGUGUUAUGAAUCUUAUUUUCUGUAACUCGAUGAGUUGUAUGUUUUUGUAUAGAUGCUUGAAAUUCUGAAUGUGGGACUUAGUGUUAUAAUUCUGGAGCAAUUGGAAUUUGCUAAUUUCUGCAUCUUUGAGAUUCAUAAGGUUUAGGCCUGAAGAAAUAGGUGCUUUUAUGGAGGUGGAAGUGUCAAUAGGGUAUUGUUUUUUCCCCCUACUUCUGUGCUUUCACUGCUUACUCUUCAUUUUGUCAUUUCAUUGUUUUCCUGUAAAUGCAGAUAUUGGAUACUUUGAGGUGGAUCAGUGUAGCUUCAUAUGUGAGGCUUGUUGCACUACUAUGUUGCUUUUUUGCACUUUGCAAUAGUGGUUCUCAAAUAAGUUUCAUUUUGGGCAUGCUUGUCCUUCUAGAGUUUAUUGAUGGGAAAAAGGAAAUCAUUGUUGGUAUAAUGAGUAAGAUUUUUAGAACUUAGUGUAGGGAAAAAAUUGUGUCAAUCAAACACAGCUAUAGACAUGCUGAUUAUUGCACAGGUAAAAAAAAAAUUAAACGAGUUUGUGCGCUUGUUUAAUGGUU